AUGCCGGCGAUGGAAGUCGCAGCAGAUUCCGCUGGAUCUCGCGUUCCCAUGGAGAUAUCGGGUAGCAUAAGAGAGAUGUUGGGAGAUCCUAUGCGUUACAAUUUCCCUUUGGAGCUUAAACUGCUAAGCGCAUUGGUCGUGCUUCUUCUCUUUCUUCUAUUCCUUAUUAUGGUGCUAUGGGAUCGUUAUGGGAAAGAAAUCGGGGAGCUCUACACGUCACCCAUUAGUACAAUGGUUAAACGACAAAAUGCAAGCGACGUCAAAGUGCAUGAUGUUGCGGACGAGUUUUCGAUUUAUCAAAAGCUGCCGACUUUCUUUUACGAAUACGUCCCAAGACGGACGACAAGAAAAACUCAUCAAGAUAAAAGGAGAGAAUGCAAGAUAUAA